AUGUGUACAUUUUCUCAGGCUACAUUUUGGUCAAAUACUAUAAGAUUUGGGUGUCUUUUUGACAACAAUCCUGAGUAUGAUCCAAAUCCAACAGUAAAUUUUACAUUGUACACUCCUUCAAAUCCUCAAAAUGAAAUUAUAAUUGACAUGAAUAAUACAGAAAAUAUUAAAGCAUUAUUUAAUUAUGAAAAAAUAACAAAAAUAAUAAUUCAUGGUUUUAUUUGUCAAAGUACUUUUUAUUCUGUUGAUCCCUUUGACUGGAUGCAAAAUAUGAAAAAUAAUUAUUUAAACAAUAAAUAUAAUGACACAAAUGUUAUCAUUGUAAAAUGGAAUGCAACUGGUGGUUUAUGUCGAUAUGAAGAUACAAUUGUUCCAAAAGUUAGACCGGUCAGUGAAAAGAUUGGAAAAUUAUUAGAAAAUCUUUCAUCAAAUAGACACAUUGAUUUGAAAAAUGUGCAUUUAAUUGGACACAGUCUUGGUGCUCAUGUUGCUGGUUUUACUGGUUUAUAUUUAACUUCAAAAAAUAUUGGUAAAAUUGGAAGAAUAACUGGUUUAGAUCCAGCUAAACCUAAAUUUGAAAAUUCUGAUGAACGACUUAAUAGAUCAUGUGCUGAAUUUGUUGAUGUUAUUCAUACGUCAACUGAUGAAAUUGGUAUUGAAGAUAAAAUUGGACAUACUGAUUAUUAUCCAAAUGGUGGAAGUCGUGAUCAACCUGGUUGUAAGGAAUCGAGUUUCUGGAAGAAAUUUCUAUUGCUUCAAGAUAUAUGUGCUCAUUCAAGGUCUCAUGAAUUAAUGACUGAUUCAAUAAAAUACUCUAAUUCUUUAAUUGCAACAAGAUGUGACAAUUGGGAUGAUUAUAAAAAUGGAAAAUGUGCAAAUAAUGAAAUAACACAUAUGGGUGAAAAUGCCAGACAAGAUAGACAAGAAAUUUAA